GGCAACGCUGUGGACUGGUUGUCAGAAUCAAAAUAAAAUGACUCACUUGUAUUUUUUAACAACAAAAUUGUUAUAAUAACAUUAAUUCCAGACAAUUAUCUUAACGACUGGAGCAAUGGGCUUAUUCGGCAAAACUCCCAGUAAAGAUCCCAAAGAGCAGGUCCAGGAGUGGACGCACAAGAUACGGAAGGAGGGCAACCAGCUGGAUCGCCAGAUCCGAAGUAUCCAGCGCGAGGAGGAGAAGGUAAAACGCUCCCUCAAACAAGCAGCCCAGAAAAAUGACCGCGAUACCUGCGUCAUUCUUGCCAAGGAGAUUGUGAACUCGCGAAAGGCCAUCAACCGCAUAUACACGUCGAAGGCGCACCUCAACUCGAUUCAGAUCCAGAUGAAAAAUCAACUAUCCACCUUGCGUGUAGCUGGAUCUUUGCAAAAGUCUACAGACGUCUUGCAAGCCAUGCAAAGCCUGGUGCGCUAUCCAGAGCUUGCAGGCAUUAUGCGCGACAUGUCAAAGGAAAUGAUGAAGGCCGGCAUCAUUGAGGAGAUGCUGGACGAGACAAUGGACUCGUUGGAGGAGUCUGAGGAGCUAGAGGAGGAGGCUUGCAAGGAGGUUGAUAAGGUUUUGUGGGAGAUCACAGAUGGCAAGCUUGGGGAAGCUCCCCUGCCCCCAGAGACUACACCGGCGGACAAGGCGUCUGUGUCUGCUGCGGGCGUCGAGGUUGAGCAAGAUGAUGAGGAUGGAGAGGAACUGCAAGAAAUGCAGAGCCGCCUGGCCUCGCUGCGAUCUUAAAUCGACUGCUAUGGGGAUUGCAUUAAGAUUCGAAAUUAAAGGCAAGUGAUUCCGACUGGCAUACCUUUUCAAAAUCAUAAACGGCAACUCUCCCGUCGUUGUUUAGUUGUAGAAACCAAAAUAAUCUUCAAAAACUAAAUUUGAGUUUUUAUAUUUUAUGUGCACAGUACUCCAGUUCGAGAAGUGUUGAACCCUACGCGUUUUACCGUUGAAUCUACACAAUAUAACUUAUUUUAUUGUAUAAUCUACCUUUUAUUAAAAAUCGAUAUUUGCUGUAA